CACCAUACUUUCUCUAUUAUGACUAUGCUGACUGAGUCGCUUAUCUUGUUGUUCUUGUGCGACUGGAUUUCAACCGAACAAACUAGCCUCGUUUAUCUAAAACUUGUGGAGAGUCGAUCUGAGGAUGGGCUGAAGGUUGUGAAAAUUGAUCCGCAUCUUACACUCAAUCUGGAGAAGAGUGAUAUUCUUUAUGAUAACCUAGAAGUAUCGGACUAUGAAAAUGGAAAAUACGUGCUGAGAGAUAUUCCGAGCAAGAUAUACAGUGAACACCUACGACAAGACAAAACGCAUUUAUCUUCAGUGAUGCUCUACGAAACAGCUCAUGGAAUAUUAAUGACGGGCAUACUCAAUUCCUCCCACGUGAUUCAUCCUUAUCCAAUUGUGCAACGUGACUCGAAGAUAUCAGGGGUUGCUCACAAAAUAAGCAAAGCUGCCUCGGCGUCAUCCUCCAUCACGAAAGCUGGAAAAGAUCCGUUCUACAAAGAUGCCGUUCCGUCAAGUGCUCGGGCCAAAGUUUACCAGCUGGAAAUAGCAAUCGUAGUGGACCAAUGGGCACAAAAGAACAUCGACAAACGCGCUCGCACGACCUACGAGGCGUACUACCUGACAGCGGCUAACGCGGUAUGUCUGAGACUCAGCUUACUGCGGGAUCCCCUUAUUCUGCUUAAAGUGGUGGGAGUAUACACCGUUCCACAGGACAUUACGAACAUGAUCGAGAAAAACAAGAAAGUCGACGUGGUAAAAGUGAAAAAGAAAUUGGACCAGAGCAUUCAAAUGAGCACAAGAUUACAAAAAAUUGACAUCAUACUCUACGCUACAGGGUAG